AUGGCCUCGGUAGACCACCAGGAUGUUUCAGAUGAGUACAAUUUACAUAGGGUAGCCGAAAUGCGGCUUAAAAACGGUUCACUGAGUGAGAAACUACGAGACAUCAGUUAUCUAACGUUUCUGCUGAUAGGUGUAGCGUUGCUGUGGCCCUGGAACGCCUUUUUGAGCGCGUCUCUAUACUUUCAGCACGAUGUAUUCCACGACAGCACGGUAUAUGCUAAAAUCUACAUCAGCACCAUGAUGUCUGUGUCCACCCUAUCGUCUGUGGGCUUCAACUUUUGGCUUUCGAAAAGACAGCACAGUUAUGCUGUUCGGGUGACACGGGGACUGUUGUGGGAAGUAGUGGUAUUUGGACUGCUUGCGGUGUUUGUGCUGGUACACAAUAUAUUCGCACUGUGGUUUAAUUUCGUAUUUUUGAUGGUAAUGGUGAUGAUCAGCUCUUGCGGCACAGCCAUGACCCAAAACGGCGCUAUGGCGCUAGCAAACGUACACGGUCCGCAAUUUAGCCAAGGGAUCAUGAUGGGUCAGGCAAUCGCGGGCGUUUUGCCCUCGUUUGUGCUGUUUGGUGUUUCUUUCAUUGGGGAUUCACGCGAUCAAAGCGUUGCGGGUAUCUUUGCCUAUUUCUUCACAACAGUGCUGGUCUCUAUGGCUUGUAUUGCUCUAUAUCGCUUUAGUGCGGUGGCCAAGGCCGACAAGUCGGAACUGCUCACUGAAGAAACCGGAUGUGGCGACCGCGGCGAAUUGGCCAAUUCUGCUACAGGUACAGUAGCAUUUUCGACUUUAUUCUCCAAGCUCAAAUACUUGGUGUUGUCGAUUUUCACCACUUUCGUGGUCACCUUGUUGUUCCCCGUUUUUGCUGCCCACACGCUUGUGGUAGCUUUGCCCUUGCACAACGCCCAAUUCAUCCCACUCAUCUUCACUGUUUGGAAUUUGGGUGACCUAUACGGCAGAUACAUAUCUGAAAAACCGUUUUUCCAGUCUUCCAGCUUUACGCCCUUCACAACGUUUGUGUAUUCGGUGGCAAGAGUUGCGCUUGUUCCUCUGUUUUUCUGCUUCAACCUCAACAAUCGUGUCAAGCUGUCUUCUACAGUGCUGUCGGACCUGGGCUAUAUCGUGUUGCAGUUCGUUUUUGGAGUCACCAACGGAAACGUUUUGUCAGUAAGCUUCAUGAAAGUGAGUCCAGCGCUCAGCUCCGAUAAGGAACGUAAAGCUGCAGGCGGCUUUACCAACAUUUUUCUCUCGUCGGGUCUGGCUUUUGGCAGUUUACUCAGCUACGCAUGCGUAUACAUGGUGACUGCGUACACCCAAAAAGAGGAAUAA